AGCCCGGCCGGGCGCCGCUCACGCACUUUUGCAUGGGGGAACCUCCCGCCCGCCGCCUCUCCCGCCCGGCAAGAUGAUGAAGUUUCGCUUCCGCCGCCAGGGCCACGACCCGCAGCGGGAGAAGAUCAAGCAGGAGCUCUUCGCCUUCAACAAGACGGUGGAACAUGGCUUUCCAAAUCAGCCGAGUUCUCUGGCCUUCGAUCCCAAGCUACGAAUCAUGGCCAUUGGCACCAAAUCCGGAGCGGUGAAAAUAUACGGAGCCCCCGGUGUUGAGUUCACUGGCUUGCACAGGGAGACGGCGACGGUCACCCAGAUACACUUCCUACCUGGGCAGGGCCGGCUGCUCUCCCUUCUGGACGACAACACCCUUCACUUGUGGGAGAUCUAUCAAAAAGAUGGCUACUCCCACCUGGAAGAGACCCGCAGCUUCCUCCUCCCCGGACGUCCAGGGUUCGACAGCGCUAAUUCUCCUCCCAGCAUCACUCGGGUAACGGUGAUCCUGUUGAUAUCUACCUGUGACAUUGCGUGCCUCGGGACAGAAGGGGGUGGCGUCUACUUCUUGGAGCUACCGAGUUUGACGCUCCUGGAGGACAAGUCUCUGUAUCAAGACGAGAUUCUGCAGAGCGUACCCGAAGACUACAAAUGUGGGAAAGCUUUAGGUCCGGUGGAGUCGCUCCAGGAACACCCGCGAGACCCGACCAAAAUUCUGAUUGGCUUCAGCAGGGGGCUGAUGGUGCUGUGGAACAAAAGCACAAGAGACGUAGAGCACCUCUUUCUAGGCAACCAGCAACUGGAAAGUGUCAGCUGGGAGCGGAGCGGCCGGACGGUUGUGAGCUCUCACAGCGAUGGCGGCUACGCGGUCUGGUCGGUCCCAGAGGGCUCUCCUAAGACCAUUCAGCCGGUCACUUCCACGAUCCCUUACGGUCCCUUCCCGUGCAAAGCGAUCAACAAGAUUGUGUGGCAGACGUGCGAGACGGGGGGUCACUUCAUCAUUUUCAGUGGCGGGAUGCCCCGGGCCAGUUACGGGGACCGGCACUGUGUGACUAUUCUGCAAGGGCAGACGCUGGUCACUUUGGACUUCACGUCGCGCGUGAUUGACUUCUUCACGGUAUACGACACCGAGGUAGAGGAGGAGUUUGACAACCCGACAGCCUUGGUGGCUCUGGUGGAAGAGGAAUUGGUCGUGAUUGACCUGAAGACGCCCGGUUGGCCCACCAUUCCCGCCCCCUACCUGGCCCCACUCCACUCCUCCGCCAUCACCUGUUCGUACCACAUCUCCAAUGUCCCCCUCAAGCUCUGGGAGCGGAUUAUCAACGCGGGAGAGCAUCAGAGUCCCCGGUUGUCCUCUGGGAACUGGCCCAUCACUGGGGGAAGAAAUCUGGCGCAGGAACCAACGCAGAGGGGGCUUCUCUUGACCGGCCAUGAGGACGGGAGUCGCUUCUGGGAUGCCUCAGGGGUGUCCCUCAAGCCCUUGUACAAACUUGGCACGGCCCACAUUUUCCAGACCGACUGUGAGCACAACGACAGCCUGAAUCAGUCUGGUGACGAGGAAUGGCCUCCGUUCCGGAAGGUUGGUUGCUUCGACCCCUACAGCGACGAUCCCCGGCUGGGAAUCCAGAAGAUCGUUCUCUGCAAAUACACUGCGAAGAUGGUGGCAGCUGGCACGGCAGGACAGGUCCUGGUCAUGGAACUGAACGACGAGAAGUCGGAGCAUCUGAUCAACGUGGCCUUGGUGGAUCUCCUCCAGGACCGCGAGGGCUUCACCUGGAAGGGCCACGACCGGCUCACGCCCAAGAAUGGUGCCCUGCCCUUCGCCCAGGGCUUCCAGCCCACAGCCCUCGUGCAGUGCAUGCCCCCCGCGGCCGUCACUGCCGUCACGCUGCACUCGGAGUGGAACCUGGUGGCUUUUGGGACCAGUCACGGCUUCGGGCUGUACGAUUACUACCGGCGGAAUCCUGUGCUGGCCAGAUGCACGUUGCAUCCCAACGACUCCCUUGCCAUGGAGGGGCCCCUCUCCCGGGUGAAGUCGCUGAAGAAGUCUCUGCGCCAGUCCUUCCGCCGGAUCCGGAAGAGCAGGGUCUCCGGCAAGAAGAGGGUGAACGUCAGCAGUCCUUCCAGCAAGGUUCAGGAGGCUAACGCCCAGCUCGCUGAACAGGCUGGCCCCCACGAGGUGGAGAUGACCCCUGUGCAACGGCGGAUCGAGCCCCGGUCGGCUGACGACUCUCUCUCGGGGGUGGUUCGCUGUCUCUGCUUCGCUGACACCUUCCUUCGAGACGCCGCACACCAUGGACCCACGAUGUGGGCCGGCACCAACUCUGGCUCUGUGUUUGCGUACGCCCUGGAAGUCCCGUCCCAGGAGAAGUUUUCGGAGCGCUCCGUUGAGGCAGUUUUGGGCAAGGAGAUCCAGCUGAUGCACCGGGCGCCAGUGGUGUCCAUCGCUGUCCUCGACGGGCGGGGCAACCCUCUGCCGGAACCGUAUGAGGUGUCCCGGGACUUGGCCAAAGCCCCUGACAUGCAGGGUAGCCAUUCGGUGCUCAUCGCUUCUGAGGAACAGUUCAAGGUGUUCACGCUCCCCAAAGUCAGUGCCAAAACCAAGUUCAAACUGACGGCUCACGAAGGCUGCCGGGUGCGGAAGGUCGCCCUGGUGAACUUUGCCAGUGCGGCGUGCGAGGACUAUGCGGAGAACUGCCUGGCAUGUCUCACCAACCUGGGGGACAUCCACGUCUUCACCGUGCCCGGGCUGCGGCCGCAAGUACACUACGAUUGCAUCCGGAAGGAAGACAUCAGCGGGAUCGCCUCCUGCGUGUUUACUAAACACGGGCAAGGCUUCUAUCUGAUCUCCCCGUCUGAGUUUGAGCGUUUCUCUCUGAGCACCAGGAACAUCACAGAAGCUCUCUGUCUGCUGGAUUUGAACCGUGCCCAUGACACCACUUGCCUUGGGAAUUGUAAUUUCACCGCAACGCCAAAACUGAACCAAGCCAACGGGACGCAUGCCCUGCAAGGAUCAGAAGCAAAUCAUUCUCCCACCAGCAACGAUCGGACCCCGGAUGAGCACCAAGCAUCUUUCUCCCCCACACCUGUUGACUCUCCGAAUAACAGCAUAGACACCCCCUUGGAUACCACUGGGGAGAUUACAGCAGAGGAAGUGAAGGACUACUUGGUACCCUCGGAGGAGGCAGAGAGAAACCUGAGGAACGUGACCGAGGACGAAGCUCGACCCCUGGGGAUUCUGAUUAAAUGAGGGACAGUGCGCAGUACUUGGACCCCUCCCCUCCACCACGUCACGGACAUAAGACUGGACUUGUUCAGAUUUGGGCUAUCAGCCCUCUCCCCCCACCUUCCGAUCACCCUUCUCUGCAACUUUUUUUGGGGGGGGGGGUUUUGCAAAGACUCGUCAUGUUUUUUUUCUAACACCCGGACUGAAAACAAGACACCCGAAUCUUCCUCGGUAUUUCUCAUCUUCUAAAGAAAAGUGUGCCAUUUUCUCCGGGACCAGGGGUUUCUCCCCCCCUCCCCUUUCUCUUCCAUUUCGCAAACACUAAAACUCUUAAAACUGACACGCGGGGUGAUGGAUGGGGAACAGCAUGGCGUGUGAGAGAGGGGAUUGUGCUUAGCGUCAAAACCCCGGGGAGAAGGUAUCGACUGAUCGGUAAAGCAUCAGCAUCAGACUUUUUUUGAGGGGGGAGAAAAAGGGACUUUAAAACAACUGUUGAUGGUUUUCUUUUUUUGCUGCCUGGUACGCCAGAUAAUUCCCCGAUGCCUCCACGAUCUGGCAGACGGACAUUGGUUCAUUUUGCUGGCUGACCCCGUCGCUCGCGUGGGGAAUGUUUACAUACUUGCCGUUUCUCUUACCCAUUUCUAACUGCUUAACUCUAGACCCUUUCCCCCCUUCCUCUGGUAUCUAGCUCCCUUUCUAACCUGGCUGGCUGAGAAAAACCAACCCUCGAGUAAGCGGCCCAAGCCUUUCUGCUCACUUGCAACUAACGGGGAACGCCUCGGUCGAGGCCUGACUUGAAGAAGGAUGCCUGUCUGACCUUUCUUUUUCUUUUCAACCCCUCGGCAAGAACAACUUGUUCAGCGGUCUUUUGUGUGUGUGUGUGUGUCUAAGGCGGUACAACUGCACGGUAAGUCUUGAGCAAGACAGAACAGAUUUGCACGACACCCAUCCAUCGCACCGUAUCAGAUUUCUCUCCCACCGGGGUGGGGGACAUUUGAACUCGCUCCCCCAGUUGCCUCCAAAACUUCAGCGUCCCCGUGGUCUUGACACCAAGUAAGCAAAUUCUCCCUCUCUUCUAAACUGCCUUUGGUUUUUUGUGCCCAUGAAUUUUGAAGGCAGAAACCAUGGAACAUGCACCUUCUGAAACCCGGCACCAGAGAGUGGCUGCUGUUGAACCUUUGUCACUGUUUCAGUGGCUUCUGGGUAAAACCCGUCUAUUCACUCCCCACCCCCGUCCUGAAUCCAGAGAUACUGUAAGUUUUCAAGGCCGCUUUGGCAGGUUUUGAUCUGAGGUAUUUGAUGAAAAACUUCAAAUUUCUCCACUCUUCACCCUCUGAAUUGGCUACUGAGUUCCAAUUAAUAUGGCAGUUAAAACCAGGUGUCUUUUCAUUGAAAGUUGAUUUUUUUUCUUUGUCCUAGUAUUGUUCUUUGUAACUCACUCAAUUGUGCAGACGCAAAGACCGCUUGGUGAGUUGCGUACAGAGCAUGGAAACACAGUGCUCUAAGCUGAGCAUUAUGCAGUUGUGUAUUUCCUUCCCACGUGGAGAGCCACGCUCUCACAGUGCGUCUUGCCACAGUGGCUUUCAAGUUCACAAAGGGCUUUUUCUCACAGUUUUCGCCCUUCGCUUCAAACCACCCCCCCGCUUUCCUGUUUCUCCUUUCCUGACCCAGCAUAAACCCAAAUACAAAAAGGCACAAGGUACGGUCUCCUAGGACUCCCAGUUUUCGGAGUCAGGGCUUUCCUUUUCGGGCAGGUUUUGUGCCCCACCGUCGACAUUUUUUGUUUCAAGACUACUUGAGGGUUUCGUUAGGAGGAUGCAAAUACUGGGGGUUUUUUGGGUGGUGUGUGUUGAGCAAUUGCAAACACCUCACAAGAAAUUCCUCACGAGGAUAUUUCGGUACGACUCGAUCACCUGCUCUGUGCGUGCAUGUGUCGCUUGGUAUGAGUGUACAAAUGACGGCAGAAGAACCCCCAUAGCUGAAAUGUGCCAUUGCGUGUCUUAAUUCACCCCCCUUUCUUUUUUGGCCAGACUUAAUUGUGGGUGGGAGGGAGAGGGAUAGUUUUUCCCCGGUAGAAUGCACCCCCUGGGAUGUUUUUUUUUUUUGUUCAAGAUCACGAUGGAUUUAGCAUUGUUUAGUUAUUAAUACUGGUUUUUAAUAAUGGAAAAAAUAAAGCAUUUAAUAUCUAAA